AAGAUCGGAAAUACACUUUCCUUGUCGCUGAACUCUAGUUUCCCGAGCAGCCGAAACCUAGCGCCCCCGCCUCCCCCUCUCUCUGAAGACGUGCUUCCCGGCUGGCGGCCGCCACCGGCGCACCAUGGCAAACACAACGGAGGGCGCAACGGAGUGUGUGGAGGCCAUUCGCUUUAGUUUUUAUACAGAUGAAGAGGUGAAGAGGAUGAGUUUUAAGAAGAUUUCAGACCCCAAUUUGCUAGAUGAUGUGCAGAGACCAGUGCUGGGUGGACUUUAUGAUCCCGCAUUGGGUCCAUUAGACGAGCUUUCAUCGUGUAAAUCAUGUGGUCAGCGCUCAUUCCAUUGCCCUGGUCAUUGUGGGCAUAUUGAGCUUGUGUCAACAGUCUACAAUCCAUUGCUCUUUGAUACACUUUACAGUCUUCUACAGAAGACAUGUUACUUUUGUGGUCAUUUUAGGUCAGAUGCAAAGCAGGUUGAGAAAUGCGCUUCUCGAUUGGAACUCAUAAUAAAGGGUGAUAUUGUUGGGGCAAAAAAGUUGGAUUCAGUAUCACAAGAUGAAUCCCCAUGUCCAGAGGACAGUGAUGGGAGUCAUGCAUCAUGUUCUACAGUUCAUUCGGGUGCCCAAUACCAUAGUCCUGAGCAUUUUAAGCCGCAAGAAUGGACGUCUCUUCAAUUUUCUGAAGCAAUGUCUGUUCUGAAUAAUUUUCUAAAGCCAAAACAUAAAGAGUGUAAGAAUUGCAAAGCCAGAAAUCCUUCGAUCAGUAAACCUACUUUUGGAUGGUUUCACAUGAAUGGUAUGUUGGGUGCCAACACUAGAGGAAAUAUUGUCAGGGAGUGCAAGCUGGAAGGUCCAUUUACCGAUGGUGUUGAAGAGAAACUUUCAUCUGACACAGACAAUGUCGAUGAUACAUUUCCAAAAGGGGAGGCUAUUGACACAAUUGAAACACAUUCAUCUACCGCAGCCAAGAGGCGUGAAAGGCAAGCACCUGUUGAAUUCUUUAAGCAGCAGAAUUUCUUCUCAGGGUCACUCUUACCAUCACAUGUUAGAGUUCUUAUGAAGAAGUUGUGGGAGAACGAGGCUAUGCUCUGUUCCUUUAUAAGUGAUCUUCAGCAAGCACGGUAUGGUACAUACGCAAGGAAAGAGGGUUAUUCCAUGUUCUUUUUGGACACACUUCUUGUGCCUCCGAUCAAAUUCAGGCCCCCAUCCAAGGGAGGUGAUUCUGUGAUGGAGCAUCCUCAAACUGUUCUACUGGGGAAGGUGCUGCAAUCCAACUUAUCUUUGGCAAAUGCUCAUAUUAAGAACCUAGGACACCCAGCAGUUAUUAAACAGUGGAGGGAUCUUCAGCAAUCCAUAAAUGUGCUUUUUGAUAGCAAGACUGCAGGUCAAAGAGAUAUGGCUUCUGGGAUAUGCCAACUGCUGGAGAAGAAGGAGGGAAUCUUCCGGCAGAAAAUGAUGGGGAAAAGGGUUAAUUAUGCAUGCCGCUCUGUCAUAUCUCCAGAUCCAUAUUUAGCAGUCAAUGAAAUUGGGAUACCUCCAUAUUUUGCAUUAAGAUUAACCUAUCCCGAGAGAGUCACUCCUUGGAAUGUUUCCAAAUUGAGGGAUGCUAUCGUAAAUGGUCCUGAAAUUCAUCCCGGAGCUACUCACUACGUUGAUAAAAUGUCUAAAGCAAAAUUGUCAUCAAACAGAAAAAUGCGUAUUUCAAUCUCAAGAAAAUUACCUUCCUCUCGAGGGGUUGUCACACAACCUGGUAAGAACUGCAAUUUUGAAUUUGAAGGAAAAGUUGUAUAUCGUCACUUGCAAGAUGGAGAUGUUGUACUCGUCAAUCGGCAGCCUACACUUCACAAGCCAAGUAUAAUGGCUCAUGUAGUUCGUGUAUUGAAGGGGGAGAAAACGCUACGUAUGCAUUAUGCAAAUUGCAGUACCUACAAUGCUGAUUUUGAUGGUGAUGAAAUGAAUGUUCAUUUCCCACAAGAUGAAAUUUCGCGUGCUGAAGCUUAUAACAUUGUUAAUGCAAAUAAUCAGUACAUUAUCCCAACUCGUGGUGACGCUAGUAGAGCCUUGAUUCAGGAUCAUAUUGUGAGUGCUGUGCUGCUUACGAAGAAAGAUACGUUUUUAACUCGUGAGGAGUGCUGUCAGCUUCUAUAUAGCUCUGGUGUUUCCACUGCUGGGUCCGGCGCUCUCUCCGCCAAACCUGGUCAGAAAGUUUCUGUAGUAGACUAUGAUGUUGAGAUGCAGCUCUCUUUGCCAGCAAUAUGGAAACCUGAGCCCCGUUGGACAGGGAAACAGGUCAUAACAGCUGUGCUAAAUCAUGUAACAAGAGGUCAUGCACCAUUUACUGUUAAAAAGGAUGGGAAGAUCCCCCGUGAAUAUUUUGGAAGUGAAACUGAUGAAGAGAAACUGCACAAGGAGAAAAAACCCGGUGAAUACACAUUGUUUAUUUAUAAAAACAAUUUGGUGCAUGGUGUGAUUGACAAGGCGCAAUUUGGGAACUACGGUUUGGUUCAUACGGUGCAGGAGCUCUAUGGUUCGAACACUGCAGGCAUCUUGCUUUCUGUAUUGAGUCGCUUAUUCACUGUUUUCUUGCAGUUGCAUGGGUUCACAUGUGGAGUAGACGAUCUUCUUAUAUUACGAGAUUAUGAGACCAAAAGGGAGGCAGAACUUGAAGAUGCUGAAAAUAUUGGGGAAGAAGUUCAUCGCCAAUUCAUUGGGUUGAAAGAUGAUAAAAUUGAUUCCAUGACAUUGCAAAUGGAGAUUGAAAAAGCCAUACGCAGUAAUGGAGAAUCUGCCAUAAAAUGCUUGGAUAGGAUGAUGUCGAGUAUGCUGAAUGAGAAAACCUCUAAUAUUAACAAAGAGUUGUUGAAUAAAGGGCUAUUAAGGCCUUUUCCAAGGAAUUGCAUUUCUCUUAUGACUACAACUGGUGCCAAAGGUAGUACGGUAAAUUUCUCACAAAUAUCUUCUUUUUUGGGCCAACAAGAGUUAGAAGGAAAACGAGUACCACGAAUGAUUUCUGGAAAAACAUUACCCUGCUUUCUUCCCUGGGAUUGUGCAUCUCGAGCUGGAGGUUUUAUAAGGGAUCGCUUUCUAACAGGUCUUCGGCCUCAAGAAUAUUACUUCCACUGCAUGGCUGGUCGUGAAGGGCUAGUAGAUACAGCUGUCAAAACAUCUCGAAGUGGUUACCUCCAAAGGUGCCUUGUAAAAAAUCUUGAAUGCCUGAAAGUUUGUUAUGAUCAUACUGUGCGUGAUGCAGAUGGAUCAAUUGUACAAUUUAGUUAUGGAGAAGAUGGUGUGGAUGUCCAUCAGACAAGCUUUCUUGCAGAAUUUAAUGCAAUGGCUGCAAAUCAGGCAAUUGUCCGUGAAAAAUUUGGUCUAAAGCAUGAUGGAGCAUGCAAAUCUGAAAUUGAUAGUAAUAUUGAUAAGCUGCCUUUCAUCAAUAGUUUAUCUGAGAAGGAACGGAAGGAUUUCAUUGAUAACUUAUCAAAGGGGAAAGAAAAGAAACUUCUUAAUUUAGUGAAGCACAAGUACUUUGCAAGUCUUGCACAGCCAGGUGAACCAGUUGGUGUGAUUGCUGCUCAGUCUGUGGGGGAACCAUCAACACAGAUGACAUUGAACACUUUCCACCUUGCUGGCCGUGGAGAAGUGAAUGUGACCCUUGGGAUCCCACGUCUGCAGGAGAUCUUGAUGACUGCUUCAAGUGAUAUCAAAACUCCGAUAAUGACAUGCCCUUUGCUGAAGGACAGGACAGAAGAUGAUGGCAAGCGUCUUGCUGCAAAGUUGAAGAAGGUCACUGUAGCAGACAUUGUAGAGAGUAUGGAAGUAUGUAUUAUGCCGGUUGCCUUACAUAAUCGCCAAAUAUCCAGUAUAUAUAAACUCAAGAUGAAGCUUUAUGACCCUGAAUUCUAUCCUCCAUACUCCGAUAUAUCAUUAGAAGACUGUGAGAAUAAAUUAGAAGUAGUUUUUAUGAGAGAAUUAGAAGAUGCAAUUCAAAAUCAUCUUUCUUUGCUCUCCAGAAUCAGUGGCAUAAAAAAUUUCACCUCAGAUUCACUGUCAAAUUCGUCAAAUGAGACGGAUGAAGAGGUUUCUGGGAACAGAGCAAAAGGAAAGGGCGAAAAUGAUCAUGAUGAUGAUGAUGAUGAAAAUGAUGAUGAAGAGGCUGAUGAUAUUGGUCUAGACGCUCAAAAAAGAAAACAGCAAGCUGCAGAUGAUAUAGAUUAUGAAGAUGGCUCUGAUGAAGAACCCAAUGAAGAGGGGUCAUCUAUUGGAUUUGAAAAAGAAAUCGAUCAGACUGAAGUUGAAGUUGAGAUUGGGGAGGAAAAUGAAGCUGGUGUGUCUGGUGUUGAUGCUGAAGCCUCAGAAAUGCCAUCGGGUCAUAAAACCUCCUCCAAGACUAAAUCUGGUGAGAAAAAGACAGAGUCUCAGGCCAAAGAAAAGAAGAGGUCCAGAAGAAGACUAAUCAAGGACUCUGAUAGAGCAAUCUACGUCGCUGCGAAGGGUGUGCACUUUGAAGCCCACUUUAGAUUUACCAAUGAACCUCAUAUCUUACUGGCACAGCCUGCUACAUGCGAGAAGAAUGCCAGUCUGAAGGGCUUUGGUGAAGACAUCAGCGAGUUGGUCUUUGGACUUGACGAGGGGUUUGGUAAUCUUCUUUGACACACUGACAUCUUACGCAAGAUAACAAUCUUCAAAUUAUGCUUUAUUGUCUCUUGAAUACUGGAUUACUAGUAAUGAAAGUGGAAGCCUGGCCAUUGCAAUAUAUGCUUAUGGGCUCGCCAGAAACAUCAAAUUCCUGCAUUAUGGUUUUCAACCACAUCAGCUUGCGCACAUUAUCCACCAUGGCUAUAUAAUCAACUUCUGCACUUUAUCAGUUGAUCUAGCUAUUUGGUUUUGCUUUCUUCUUUUCCAGACAACUAUAUUACCUUCAAAAAUGCACAAAGUGCUACACAUUGUAGUUGAUCUCCUGAAGCAUCUGCCUUAUCAGUGUCUGAAUAGCCAACAAUCUGAUAACAUCCAAAGCAGUUUCUAGGCUAAUUCCUUGCCUGGAGCACUUUUAAGAUACCCCAAAAUUCUUUUCCUGCCUCCUAGUGUUGUAGGUUUGGUUUUUUUUGUAAACUGCCUGAAAACAUGAUUUUCAACCUUGUUAGUUGUAACUAUUAAGUAGAUGAGCUCACCCUUGGCCAGUUUAGGAUUUUCAAAUUCUGGAUUGUCCGCAUCUUCAAGUUUCACAUUCACCUCCACUGAGAUUUUUAUGGUCUAGCUAUAAGCGUAGACCUAUCAAAUACUUUCUCUGGGAUGGCCACACUCCUUAACAUCUAGCUAUUUGCCAAGAAAAUAUGUAGCUCUUCCAAAUCUUUGUCAGAAAGUUUUUCUUUAUAUACAGUUUCACUUCAAUUCCAUUCACAUCAUCACUAACAAUAGUGACGUUAUCAACAUAAACAAUCAAAACAACUAUUCUAUAGCCUUACCUCUGCACAAAUAUAGAGUGGUCAAGAUAUUAUCUGUAGGAGACAACAUGACCAAGCUAUUCAUGCCAAGCCCAUGUAAACUGCUUUAACUGAUAAAUCGCUUUUUCUUAUCUACAAACUUUCCCAACAUUCUCCCUUUGAGCUGCAAAACCUGGUGCUUGCUCUAUUUAGGCUUCCUCCUUCAAGUCACUGUUCGAAGGGCAUUCUUCAUUUCCAGUUGGUAGAGUGGCUGAUAAUGAUUAACAGCAACAGAGAUAAGAACUCUAAUUGAGUGUAAUCAAGAUACUUGGAAAAUAUUUCAAAGUAAUCCGUGACACCAUAAGAACUCUAGUUGAGUAUAUAAGCAUGAUGUUUGAAGGAUACCCCCAUCAGUAAAUCAAUAUGCAUUCAAGAGCAUUAUCUGUUCUUUUCACCCAAGUGGACUUGAAAUUGAACUAUUUCAUCAUAUAAAGAAUUUUGAAUGCAUAAAGAAUUUCUGAGUGUUCUUUUAACAUUAACUGGCAAGUCAUGACUGAUCAUCAAUAGCGGUAACAAAAUAUUGAGAACCUAAUACACUGGAGACUCAACAUGGACUCAUACAUCAUAUUGAACUAAAGAAAAUAUUUUAGAACUUUUUUUAUCGAUGCAUGAACUGAAUAUAGAGCAGUUCUGUUCAUCUUUGCUGACAAACCUUGUACUCAACACAAAAUGGCAGAAACGGAAGGAAUAAUCUAUCGUUGGUUUGAAGGGGAUGGAUGACCCGAAUGAGAAUGUCACAGCAAAGUUAGAAAAGAAUGAUGGAGGACUAUCCAAAUAAUCAAGACCCCCUAGCUCACUGCUGCCCCAUUUGAUAGUUGUGAAAAACACAGCUCGAAAGAAUAUUGCAGAGCAACUGAUGGACAUACAUAAUGACAAUGUAACUAGAAAGUUCGUAGCAUACACCAAAGAAGAUGAAAUAGAAGGAAUAGGAUAAACAGUUCCCAUCACUAAACUCGAGUAGUUGUACUUGUACCAUUAUUGAGAGCGCUGGAGAAUACUUCGAUGAAGAGGUCAAAUUGAAGAAACAAAAACACUGACCAGUCAUACGAAAGCACUACUAGUAUCACCAUUAGGGAUACUCAUUGUGGGAUUAGUCAACUCAUUACUGUGAGUAAAGGGACAACCUUAUUGAUCCAUGCUUGUUUACCAAAUUUAUUUAAAGUUUUGCAGAAAUAUGAUUAUUGCAAGCAUGGUGAGUGCAGUGACAACUAUCAUCAUGCCCUUGACCUUGACCUUGACCUUGACCCUUCCCCUAAUUGUAAGCGCCUAUUAUGACCACCUGAAGUACCAAGUUCUUUACCAGCCGAGGCAGACACUAGAGCAGUGACAGACAUGUCCAAAGAACCAAGUUUCUUAUCUUUGAGGAUUGCUGGCAGGAGUCUAGCAUGAACACUUUGCAGAGAAGGCUGCGCGUCACAGGCCACUCUUGACUUGACGCUACCGUAAGUACCAAGUUACUAGGAGCUUCUCAUGUUGCCACUUACGAUCCUUAAUUCACAAAUGAGAGGAUUAUAAAAACAUUCAACUCCUUAUUCAUUCUUCCAAGGAUUGUUAUAUUAAUCAUCUGAAUGAUUUUCAUCUAUUUGUAACUGAACAUAGCUUCAUACAGCUCAUAUACUCUUUUAGACAUUCUUCUGUUGAGAAUAUGAUUCAGACACUGCAUUCUGUAUCUGCUUUACAAUGCUAAAGAACAUAGAGUUGGAUGCUUGUAGCUCCAUAUCAGUCAGCCAAGUACAACCAAAUAUUUAUCCUUAAGCCAAGCUAUUUUUCCCUUCAGAAGCUGGGGGUGGUUCAUCGGUCAAGAAUUAUGAAUAUAACGUUCCUAGCCUGAGCCCAAAUGAGUUCUUUCCUGCCAUUCAAGCCCCUUGAGGCCAUUUUCAGACCUAAUAAAUCAGUUCCCAAAGAAGGCUGGGCAGUCAUUUGAUAGGAAAUUUUUUAUCCGUAUAGCUCUUGCCCAGUCACCAAGAAAAAUUUCCUAUGAGAUCAAGAAAAAAAAAUCAGGCGCCCUACAACAUUGCAGAAGAUGGGAAGCAAAUCCUUAACACUUCAAAAAGUCACUAAACUGAAGCAACUAUGUCUUUGGCAAACACUAACAUGCCACACUUCAAAACUUACUGUCUUUUCUAACUUGAAUGGAGAGAUUUGUAUCACACAAGCUAGGUCAAUGUAAGGAGGUGAGAGAAUAGAGUGAUUCUUUCUUCUGGGAGAGCCAACCCUUACAAUAAUAAAAUACCUAUUACAUAUACAAAAAUUCCCUUGUGAAGAGUUAUUCAACAAAUAUCCCCCUACUA